UAUUCUGAAGUUUUGAUCAAGGAAGCAAAUUAACCACAAUGAGUCAUCCGCCAGUUUCCUGUAUUCCAAACACUGCCAAAAUGUCGAAAGCUAAAAAAGUGAUCGAAGAAGCUAAGGAAAUAAAUAAUCCUGAAAUAGAUUUAGUGGAUAAAGGGAUUUCAAGCCUCGAUGAAAUUCCAGGCUUGUUUGCUUUAGAAAACAUAACGAGGCUAACUUUAAGUCAUAACAAACUACAAGUUGUGCCAGCUGGUCUUGCGAACCUAAUCAACUUGGAGAUUUUGAAUCUUGCCAACAACCACAUAGAGGAGCUGCCAGUUAGUUUGUCGUCUUUACCGAAACUCCGGAUUUUAAAUGUGUCACUCAAUAGACUGUACACUUUGCCAAGGGGAUUUGGUGCAUUUCCUGUAUUGGAAAUCCUGGAUGUGACCUACAAUAACAUUAAGGAAACUACCCUGUCAGGAAACUUCUUUAUGAUGGAGAGUCUCAGAGCCUUGUAUCUAGGCGACAAUGACUUUGAAUAUCUACCUCCUGAAAUUGGAAAUCUGAAAAAUCUACAAAUUCUAUCAAUGAGAGAAAAUGAUCUAAUUGAAGUACCAAGAGAGUUAGGACAGCUGACGAGGUUGAGAGAAUUGCAUUUGCAAGGAAAUAGACUUGUUGUUCUUCCCCCAGAAAUAGGGUCGUUGGAACUGGCAAGUAAUAAGUCAGUAUUGAGGCUGGAAGGUAACUUCUGGGUACCACCAAUUGAAGACCAGCUCAAGCUUGGGCCAUCUCAUGUGCUUGAUUAUCUGCGCUCUGAGACAUAUAGAGUUUUGUACAGUCGGCACAUGUCUGCCAAGCCUCCGCCGCCGCCACAAACACUCGACAAGAGCAAGAAAGCAAGCAGAGUGCGAUAAACAAAUAAUUGUAUUCUCAGGAAAGGUACUAGAAACUGUAAAUUGAAAAUAAAAAAUGAAGACAAGAUAAUUUUCAGUGUGAAAGAAAUUAUUUAUAAUGCAAUAAACAUGUCAACCAUUUUAAAAUAAUAAUUAUUAUUUUGCUAUGGAAUUAUUUUCCAUAUUAUAAAAACAUCGAUUUAUAUGAAAACUAGGAGGUUCCUAGGAAUUUACUAUUUGAAAUAAAAUUAAUGUACCAUUGUGCCUUUGCCUUUUAUAUUAUGCUUUAACAAACGCUAAAACUAAGUGUAUGUGUACUAAUGAAUUAAUUUAUGAUAGGUGUUGUGUUAUCAAUUGAUAGGUGUUGUGAUGUGCAAUUGUAAUUUAAAGAUAUAUUGAAAUGUGCUAAAAAGUAGUAGGUUUUUUUAUUGAAGAAUAUUAGCAGUGCAUUUUUUUACUCUUGUUUUGAUGGACAACUGUCUUUCCAAAUAUUAUUACAAAUCAGAUUAUUUUUUAUAAUAUUGUAUACAAACAAAUUAAUAAUUGUUAUAACUUUACUCACCAAGUGCCAUGCAUAUUAUAAAAUUGUUAUAUUAAAUGUUCAUUAAAAUAUAGGUUAAUUUAAAAUAAUAAUAAAAUAUUGCAUAAAAAAUGUUUAUUUAAACCUUAAAACAGUCUUAUAAAAAUAAAUUCACACAUUAAACCUAUAAAUGCCUUAUUUACAACGAACAAUAAGGUGUAAAAAACAUUUCUAUACACAUCCCAUUAAAGAAAGUGUGUAAAAAUUUUUUAGCAAACUUUUUGCUAGUACUGAGCAACAAUAUUAAUAUAUAUCCUAUUAAAGAUAUUUAAAAAAUUAAGUUAACUGUUCAUAAUAUACAAUAUUCACAUAGAUUGUUUUGAAGACUUAUUUAGUAAUCAUUAUAUUUGCCUCAAGUCAUACUUAUUGUGAAAAAUAGAGUAAGACAGAAUGCUUAUGUUCUUUAUUUAUUAUACAAGUUGUAAGUUAAUUUUAUAUAGUUCAGACAAUGGUUAUUUUUACAAUUCAUACUGAUUAAAUUAAAAUGCAGUCAUAGCUGACUGAACUACACAAAGUAAUUUUAUACUACAGAAAGUAUUUUUUGUAUUUAUUAGAUAAGCUAAUAUCAGAUUAUCAUGCUUGGUUGUUUCUUCGUUCGUUUGUAUGUUAUUAAUUGAUACAAAGACUAAUGAUAAUAUUAUUAUAAUGUUUAAGAAAUAAAUUAUUACUAACAAA